AUGUCACGACCAUCACUAGAGCUAUCUGUCGAGCCAGGGAAGAAUGUUCAAGCUGCGAGGCAGGUGCAAGCACGACUGCAGGCCGCCAAUCUUCAACUCGUGAAGAAAGUGGCAGUAUUCAAUGCACAUCGGAAAGAGGAAGAUGAGGAGCUAGAAGGAGAGGGAGCAACGAACAAGGAUCCUGCGAUAGUAGCCAUGGACCUUGCUGCCCAAAUCGCAUAUCUACGCAAGCUGAAGUUUCAAUACCUGGAGCAAAACGCCAAGGACAAAUAUGUCAAGUCUAUCGUGAGCGAUAUCGACGACGCGCCUAUCGUUACCGCGGAGCAGAACAAAGAUUUGGCCUUGGUGAACGAAGAGAAGAAGGAGAAGCUGAAGGCCGCGAAGGGUAAUCUGGCGGAGGUGCAAAGCAACAUCAGGCUCCUGGCACCCAUGGUCGAACAAGAUUACCAACGCGUCAAGCAAGCCACCGACAGAGCUGCUUUCCUCUCACAGAAGAUUAUCGACGCUCGGACAUCCCUGAUGGUCCUCCGUCAGACACAUCCGCCACCGCGGCUGACGAUCCCACUCGCUGAACAGAAACUCGCCGACCAGGUAACGGAGAUGCAGACGUUGAGCGACGACGUUCAGUCGCUGAAGCAGAAGGCCAAAACGGAGAAGGGACGAGUAAGGGCCGGGACACUGGAGGUAGAGGAAUUGCGGACGGAAGCGGCGGAGGCUCAGAAGUCUGUCAAAGCCUUGCAGGGCGACGAGGAAGAUAGCCGCCUGGUGCCACUAUGCGAUUGGUACACUGCCUCGCUAACUCUCCAACGCUCGAUCUGCAACCUUGAAGACUCGUCGUCCGAGUCAGAAAACGAGCUGCGGCUAACAUACAAAGUCGAUGCACCACCUCCUGCAUCACCUCACCGUGUGGUCAUAUCCCUAAUUUUCGCUCCAGAUACACGACGCCUCGCCGAUGCUCAGGUCUCUGGUUUAGAGGAGCUGGGAGUUGACCUUGGCGAUCUAAUAGACGCGCAUAUACAAUUAAACGACGUACACGGUCUGGUGGCAGCCGUCCUCGCUCGGGCAAGAGCAGCUGCGUCUUCAUAA